AUGGCGUUUACACGAUAUUAUCCUAUGUCAAAUCAUAUUUAUGAUCCAGCAAUAGCUCCAACAAAACCUAUUCAACAUGUUACUGCUUUGGAUAAUUCUAAAUCACAACAUCAAAAUAUAUCAAGAUUUGAUACAACUUAUCGUACGGAAUAUACUAAUCGAAUUCGAAAUCAUGUAUCUAAUCAAAUUGACUUAAAUGUUAUAGACUACUAUACAAAACCAACUCGACAAUUUAAAAAUGCUCUCAAUCAAUAUCCUGUAUUACCACCAAUUUCUGCAAAUAAUAAUCGAACUGAAACAUCAGAUCGUAAAAGUGUAACAGAUGGUCAACAACAACAACAACAACAACCAUUUAAUGAUCAAGUAGUACCUAGUAAUGAAACAAUGCCACCAUUAAAUUUUAAUAAUGAUAGAGAAUAUUAUGAUCAACAACAACAACAACAACAACAACAACAACCACUGAUGAAUAAUGAAGAUACAUAUUUACCUGAAGAACCAGUUUUAUUAACUGACUAUGAAGAAGAACGUUUAACUGAACAAAUUCGUUCACAAUUAGGAGGUACUGCAGCAGUUGAUCGAUUAAAAUUAUUAUAUCAAGAAUUAGCUGCUUAUGAUCCAAAUAUGACAGGUUAUGUACAUUAUUCAAAUAUUCAAUUGUUGACUUAUCAACUUGGACUUUACAUGGCUGAUGAUACACUUCGUUUUGCGAUGUGCAAAUUUGUUUCACUAGAUCGUCAACGUGGUUUUGUUAAUUAUGAAGAUCUUAUUCGAUAUUUUGGAAAAUGUCUAUCAUCAAUUUCUCCUAAUCAAUAUGAUAAUCAACAGCAACAGCAACAACAACAACAACGACAGGAACGAAAUAGUCCACAAAAACCGAUAAGACCUAGUGGUAAUCAAUUUUCAAAUGAUAAUGAUCAAUUUGAUCCUGAUGAACGACAAAUACGAGUUUUAUUAAAACAAAAUUUAAAACAAUUUGAUCUUAGUGGUACAAUUGAUUUUGAUAAAUUAACUCAUGAAUUAAAUAAUGUUGAUCGUAAUCAAAGUGGAGUUUUAAAUCGACAACAAAUUGAAGAAGUUGUUUAUAAAGUUCGUAUACCAUUUCAACGUUCAUUAAUAUAUCAAAUACUUGAAAAACAUUGUCGAGUAUCGCCAAAAUUAUAUGAUUGGAAAAGUUUUGUUCGAUAUUUACAAGAACAAAUAUUUGAUAUAAAACAAAUUCAAGAUCGAUCAAGUCCUGUUUAUGCACAAUAUGUUCCAAGUCGUAAUCAAUGGCUUGAUGAACUGCAAAGAGAAUUUAAUGAAAAAAAUCGUUUACGUAUUAUUGAUCGAUUCACCUCUAAUAAUGAAGGACUACGACUGGAAAGUACACAUCCAACGGCUUGGUUUACACGAUUUUUACGUUUGGCUAAUGCUAUGUAUACUCAUCGUCGUAGUUCGAAUAUAUCACAAGACUUUGUAUUACCUAAAGAAGAAGCUCGUCGACUUUUUCGUGCUUAUAAUCAUAUAUGGGAUUUAAAAAUUGAUGAAAAUACAAUGCAAAAAGUAUUUGAAGCCUGUUCUCGAAAUGGACAUGUUGUUGUUGACGAAGCGCUUAAACAACUUGCUAAAUAA